AAGCCUGCACGGUACAACCCUCCAAGUUCUCAGGAACGAGAGCGAUCCUCUAUUAGAGAAUGGCAGAUUACAGUAAAACCGAAAAAGUCCCUUUACACGUUCCAGAUCUGGAGGAAUUAUGUCAAGUGCUAGAGAAAGGUCUGAAACAGAAUUUUGCUGACGCGUCUGUCCGUGUUACUGACUGUCCAGACCUCACACAACAUCCUUUCCAGUUUCCCGUCAAGGGACUGUGUGGCAAACCGCGUAUAACUGAUGUAGGGGGUGUGCCCUAUUUGAUCCCAAUGGUUCAAGCACACAAGAUAUACAAUAUGAACACUGUUUCCAAAGAAUUGGAGCUUCCUGGAGCUUUCAUUCUUGGUGCUGGAGCUAUCUCAUCCAGAACAGCUGGAAUGAAUGCAGAGCUGAUGCCUCUGGUGCUGACUGAAGCUGAGGGCAGACCAGCAGUGAAUGGCAGCUACUUUUCUUCCAUCAACCCAAAGGACGGCAAAUGUCUACAGGAGAAAUACAGCGAUAGGUUCCACGACUGUGACUUUGGUCUGUUGGGAAACCUUUAUGCAUGUGAGGGGAAACCUGGAAAGGUCAUUGAGGUCAAGGCCAGCAGGAGGACAGGGCAGGACAGUCUGGUAAGCUCCAUGAGAAGGACCAUGGAAAGACACUACGGUGAGAAAAGUGUGGCACUGGGUGGAACGUUUGUGAUCCAGAAAGGGAAGGCCAAGAUCCACAUUAUGCCACGUGAGUUCUCAACCUGUCCUCUCAACACCGAGGAGGAUGUUAACAACUGGCUCAAGCACUUUGAAGUCAGCGCUCCCCUGAUUUGUCAGACCGUCAUGGUGUCCAAAGAUCCCGGUUUAGACCUGAGAGUGGAGCAUACCCACGGCUUUAGUCACCAUGGUGAGGGUGGACAUUACUACAUAGACACGACCCCUGACACAGUGGAGUACCUGGGAUACUUCCUGCCGGCCGAAUACAUCUACCGCAUCGACAGACCCAAGGAAACCCACCAGAUUGGCCGAGACUGAGUUUAUGUGGAAAUAAAAUAGAGGGAUUAUUUUAGUACAAUUUUCAGUUUGAUUUGGUUGAUCAUUGAGAAAUUAGUUAUUAAUAAAUUUGUAAUGAUGACACUCUGAUCUUGUAUAAUCUCCAUCACGAUAGCAUUGUCAAGGAAAUUUUAUUAAAUAAAAAUUACAUUUUUUUAAUAGAAGGUGAAGUGAGGGACAGCACCUGAUGUCAUGAUUUAGACAGCAUGUGCUGAGUAUCUUAACUAACUCACUAACUAAAUAAAUGAAUGAAUAAAUAAAUAAAAGCUACA